UCUACAGGCAGCUCUGUGGACACCUAAGAUCACGCAAAACCCUCGCGGGGAGGGGCGGGGUUUCGCGAGGACCUCAUCCUCAAGAGAUCACGUGAGAAGAGGAAGUGGACAGUAGAGAAGCGGCUGCGGGAGAGAACGGGGAUUUUGAUGAGGAGAUUGAGGACCAGAGAGGGAAAGUGACCUCCCCAAAGUCACAGCGAGUAAAUGGUAGAGCUGAAAAAGAACCCAAGCCUGUAACUGCAGAGUCCAGAGAUAUUCCCAGUACACCCUUGGAAAGCAGAUCCUAAGAUCUUUGCAAAUUAUUUUGUGAACAAAAAUGCCUAAAGUCAAAAGAAGCCGGAAAGCUCCCCCAGAUGGCUGGGAGUUGAUUGAACCAACACUAGAUGAAUUGGAUCAAAAGAUGAGAGAAGCGGAGACAGAGCCUCAUGAGGGGAAAAGGAAAGUGGAGUCUCUGUGGCCCAUCUUCAGGAUCCACCACCAGAAAACCCGAUACAUCUUUGACCUCUUUUAUAAGCGGAAGGCUAUAAGCAGAGAACUAUACGAGUACUGUAUUAAAGAAGGCUACGCCGAUAAAAACCUGAUAGCAAAGUGGAAGAAGCAGGGCUACGAGAACCUGUGCUGCCUGCGCUGCAUCCAGACUCGGGACACCAACUUUGGGACCAACUGCAUCUGUCGGGUCCCCAAAAGCAAGCUGGAAGUGGGCCGGAUCAUCGAGUGCACGCACUGCGGCUGCCGGGGCUGCUCCGGCUGAGGCCCUCCAGCCUGACCCCACUCCAUCCUGGACUUUGGACUUUGCAGGCUGCCUUUGCGCUACCCUGUCCUGGGAGCUGCUCUUCUCUGCCCAGCACUACCCCAAACCCGCACCGGAGUGUGGGCUCCCUGGGGAAGACUUCGGUGUUCAUCAGCUGUGAUUUGUAAAAAUAAAACCUCUCAGCCUCU